AUGAAGCGCAUAUGGCGCAAUUAUUCCAAAGCCACACGGUCCCAGGUUUACAUUGGACGAUGGAAUCGUCCGGGCUGUUCGCACUAUCACAUCCUAUCUAAUCGGAACUCCAGCACUACUUGCAUCACCGAGUAUCGAUCAAAAGAGAAGACAUUCUUGUAUAAAUUCCAACGGCCGCGCAACUUCGUCACUACAGCUAUUCCCUCUCUGCUUGUGCCGCCCCUUAUCUUCGUCGGACUCCUGCUCGCUCUCUGGACAUGGAAAUGCUUCUGGAUCGUUGUCUUACAAGACAAACUUCUAUACCUUUCAUGGUUGCCACCGCUUGCACGGUCCGAGAAGAUCGCGGACUAUGAGGCCGAAUGUAGGCCGGUCCAGUGGACGCAGAGGCAGAUCCAGAGUCUGGACGGGACUAAGCUGGCGGUAUGUGAAGGUCGCAUCCCAGUCCACAGCCAUAAUGGUCGUGUUGCAUCCGCGACUCCUGGAGAAGGCGAUCCGCAAAAUACGACAAUGAAAAAAAGAAAGUCAGUCGUAAUAUGUUAUUUUCAGGGUAAUGGCGGUUCAACCCCCCUUCGUUUGCCACUCCUUUCUCAGGUUCUACGAACAAUCAAGGAAAAAACGAAAUCUAUGCCGUUAUCUACAUCUUCAUCAGAUGGCACUGAGUUCACCAUAGUGGCCUUAUCAUACCGCGGCUACUGGACUUCCUCGGGCCGCGCAACGCAAUCCGGCAUUGAGCUUGACGCGCAGGCGUUCCUCGACUGGGUAUCGGAAACGUAUACCGCACCAGACACCGAUCUGGAGGUCAUCCUCUGGGGGCAUAGUCUCGGCUCGGCCAUUGCGAGCAGUGCUACUGCAACUUAUCUUUCCCGCCAUCGUGACCAGUCGCCUGUGGAUGAGAUGGGAACCUCUCGUCCAGUAACCAUCGCUGGACUGAUUCUGGAAGCACCGUCCUCCAGCAUCAAGGAUAUGCUUAUAAGUCUAUACCCACAGAAAUGGCUCCCGUAUAGAUAUUUGUGGCCCUUUUCGUGGAACCACUGGAGUUGUACUACCGCAAUGGAGAGGAUUGCUCGUUGGUGGGACCAGAAUAAGGAGCAAAGCAAUGCGGUCAUUCAAGGGGGUAGGUCAAGAGUGACGAUGCUGCCCGAGUCUGGGCGCCGUUGUACAAGUGCGGAGUCCCCUCGCUCGCCUCCUCCAAUUCUUCUGCUUUCUGCAGGGAGUGACGAGGUGAUCCCUCCGCAUGUAGCGGAUCAAUUGGAAUCGGAUGGGAAAAGGCUUGGGCUAGAACUUGAGAGGAAAGAUGUACGGGGGGCGUUGCACACAGAGGCACCUGUCAAGGUGGACGGCAGGGAGGCGUUGGUUAACUUUAUCUUUCAGAGUACCUCCCAACGGCAGAGAUAG